AUGCCUAAAACUCUUGAUUCACUUCUCAAGCACACGGAUCGAAGAUACCUGGCUUCUGACAGUCAGUUGAUGGCAAAAUCAUAUCCUAAUUUAUGGCAGCAGCUAGCGUUGCAUCUACAGCUGUUGCUGCAGUUUUGGAGGCAAAUCUUGAAGCUGCCUCUCGCUCUAGAAUGUACAAGAGAUGAUCCAUUGCAGAACAUCUUCGUGAUGAACAAUAUCCACUACAUGGUUCAGAAAGUGAAGUACUCGGAUCUCAAAAGCUUUCUUGGUGAUGACUGGAUCCAGAUUCAUAACAGGAAAUUUCAGCAGCAAGCUAUGAGAGAUAUGAGAGAGGGCGUCAGGGAAUAA